AUGACUGGCCGUGGAAAGGGUGGAAAGGGAUUGGGAAAGGGAGGAGCGAAGCGUCAUAGAAAGGUUUUGCGUGAUAAUAUCCAAGGUAUUACGAAACCAGCCAUACGCCGCCUUGCUCGUCGUGGUGGUGUAAAACGUAUUUCUGGAUUGAUCUACGAAGAAACGCGAGGUGUACUGAAAGUUUUCUUGGAAAAUGUUAUCCGAGAUGCGGUAACGUACACUGAGCAUGCUAAAAGAAAGACCGUAACGGCUAUGGAUGUUGUCUACGCUUUGAAACGUCAAGGAAGAACCCUCUAUGGUUUUGGUGGUUAAUUUGUGUAAUCAUCCCUGUAUUUUCAAACAAACGGCCCUUUUCAGGGCCAACAUAAAUUUUCAACGACGGAAUUCUCUCUGUUACGAAGAACUGUUGUGCAACUACGUAAAUCGAUAAAGCAAUCAUGGAAGCGUCUCCCUUCCGAGUUUCGCACGAUACGUCUAUCUUCCUUUUUUUUGCAUAUUUUACCUUGUACUCGGUAUGAAACGCAAUAAAAUUUAUAAUCGAAGUGGAAUUGUAAUAGAAUUUUUAAUUUCGAAACUUGAACGAGAUAAAAAAAUGCAUAUGUUUAUACUUAACCUAUAAAAUUACUCAUAGUUGCCACUUUAGAAGCUACGAAAUACCGAAUUAUAGGAAUUUUUUAAAAUGUUAAAAUACGAAAUACUGAAUUAUAAGAGUUUUUUAAAAAUGUUAAAAUCUAUUUAAUUUUUCAUCAUUGAUGUUACUUCGAAAAAAAUUUUUAUAGAUAACCUACACAAUCAAUAGAUUCGAGAUUUUUCUUUCUCACUUUGGAUGAUUUAUUUUUACUUUACAGGAUAUUUUUUUCAGAUCCAAAAUAA